AUGAUGUCGCUGCUCGCUCAGCCGCUGUCGCCUCGGAGCAGCAGUAGCCUCAUGUUCGGUACCUACGACAGUGUCGUCGCCGUCCCAUCACCAUCGCCAGGUGAACUUCCUUCAUCGACGUUUGCCGUCAAAGAUCGACCGUUCGUGUGCCACGAGCCCAACUGCGGACGGCGCUUUAACCGCAAGUUCACACUCAGUGAGCACAUGAAGACCCACACGGGCGAAAAGCCCUACGUGUGUCCCUUGGCCGAGUGCAGUCGACGCUUUAGUACGUCGGGGAACCUCUCGCGCCACAAGCGCCUGCACGCGUCGCUGAAGCCGUUCGAGUGCGACCUCAACGGCUGCAAGCGGUCGUUCCCGAGCCAGGAGAAACUCGACCACCACCGGAAGAUCCACACGGGGCGACGGACGCACAUGUGCAGCAUCGGGGGCUGCACCAAGACCUUUAGCACGGCAGGGAACCUCACGCGCCACGUCAAGACCCGUCAUCCAGAGCUCGUGCGAAGGCCCAAUGCUUUCCUGUACCCCCACGCCGCGAGUCGUCUGGAAGCUCUGCCUCGCCCCAUGACGAGUCCUAUCCGUAUCCCUUCGCCGCAUCGAUUGACGACCGUCGAGCUCGCCAAGCGACUUGGGCCGCCGCUCUCGCCAGUGUACUCGCCCGACUCGGUCGAGCUGUCGUCGUUCCACGACCACGGGUCGGCUGCUUUUCAGACGACCGACGGACUCGUCAUGCCACCGCCGCUGCUGCAGUGGCGGCCACGGGAGAUGGACCCACGGAUGGUCGGGCUCGUCAUGGGAGAGGCACCCGCAGGAGCAGACGUCCACCGAUGCAGCAUGAGCGUGCUGGACGAGAUGAUUGAGUUCGAGCUCACGAAGAAUGUCUAG